AUGGCUUCGUUAACAAGAAACCAUCAAUUGGUUAUUAUUCUGCUGCUCAUGCUAACUUGCCUGAUGAUAACAUCGUGUUACGGGCAAGAACCUGAAUCAACUCUCCUCCUUAAAUUCAAGUCAUCGCUCGAAAAUGCCAAGUCAUCACUUGGCAACUGGAAUUCAUCUGUGCAAAUAUGCAAGGGCAAUGUUUCAAAUUGGAGCGGAUUGAUUUGCUACGACGGAAUAUUCAUCGGUCUACAGCUCGAAAACAUGGGAUUAUCAGGGAAUCUUGAUAUGGACACGCUUUCUAAGUUGACUUCUUUACGUACUAUAAGUGUUAUGAACAAUAGUUUUGAAGGGCCAUUUCCUGACGUGAAGAAAAUUGGAGGAUUGAGAGGUGUUUACUUGUCGAAUAAUCGGUUUUCAGGUGAGUUACCUGAUGAUGCUUUUACUGGAAUGAAGUCAAUAAGGAGAAUUUUAAUGGCGAAUAAUGGUUUUACGGGAAAGAUUCCAACGUCGUUAUUGGAAAUUCCGAAACUUGUUGAGUUGCAGUUAGAAGACAAUCAGUUUAAUGGUACAAUACCGGCAUUUGAUCUGCAGGAUUUCCAAUUAAAUGUUGCAAAUAAUAAACUUGAAGGUUCCAUACCAUCUCAACUAAGCAGCCAAAGAGCAAGCUCAUUUACAGGAAAUUUGGGCCUAUGUGGUAAGCCAAUGCCACCAUGUCCACCUUCCACGAAGAAGAAACGAAUCUCAAUAUUGACCAUAAUCCUUGCAGCCAUUGGAGGAUUAAUUAUAGCAGCCAUUAUCAUUUUUGCUCUCUUCCUUCUCCAUAGACAAAGGAAGAAACCAUCUCAAUAUGAAAAAUCAUCAGUGAAAAACGUUAACAAAGCCUCAGAAGACCCAAAGAAACUUGGUGGAGCAGAGAAGUACACAAGAAGUGAGAAGGGUAAAUUGUACUUUGUGAGAAGGGAUAGAGAAAAGUUUGAUUUAGAAGAUCUUCUUAGAGCACCAGCUGAGGUUUUGGGCAGUGGAAGCUUUGGAUCUUCUUAUAAAGCUGACCUUCCUAAUAUUGGAAAACCUAUUGUUGUGAGGAGAUUUAGGCAAAUGAGCAACACGGGGAAAGAAGAUUUUUAUGAACAUAUGAGAAGGCUUGGAAAGUUGUCACAUCCUAAUGUCCUUCCUCUUGUGGCUUUCUACUAUAGGAGGGAAGAAAAGCUUUUGGUCACUGACUUUGUUGAAAAUGGCAGCUUGGCAAGCAAUUUACAUGGCAAAAGAAGUAUCAACCAACCAAGUCUUGAUUGGCCAACUCGUUUGAAGAUCAUAAAAGGAGUAGCAAGGGGAUUGGCAUACCUCUACAAGGAGCUUCCAACACUAACACUCCCACAUGGCCAUCUUAAAUCCUCAAAUGUACUUCUCGACCACAAUUAUGAGGCAAUUGUAGCAGACUAUGCCCUUGUGCCAGUGAUCAACAAGGACCAUGCCAAACAGUUCAUGGUGGCCUACAAAUCACCAGAGUACAUGCAAAAUGAACGUCUCACUAGGAAAACUGAUGUCUGGAGCCUCGGCAUCCUCAUACUUGAGCUACUAACCGGCAGGUUCCCAGCCAAUUACCUAAAGCAAGGCAAAGGUGCAAAUGCAGACUUAGCAGUAUGGGUGAACUCAGUGGUGAGAGAAGAGUGGACAGGUGAGGUAUUCGAUAAGGACAUGAACACAACCAAAUAUAAUUGUGAAGGAGAAAUGCUUAAGCUCUUGAAGAUUGGAAUGUGCUGUUGUGAAAUGGAUGUUGGAAGGAGAUGCGAUUUGAAGGAAGCUUUAGACAAGAUUGAAGAAUUGAAAGGAAGUGAUGAUUCUCAUGAAGAAGACUAUUCUUCUAAUUAUUAUGCAAGUGAAGGAGAAAUGUACUCUUCUAAAGCCAUCACUGAUGAGGACUUCUCCUUUUCUAAGAGCAAACACUACUAAAAAAUGCGAAUUUAAAAAAAUCGCGUUUUUUUAGUAGCGAAAUGGCUUUGAGAAUUAAAUUAUACAUAUAUACUAAUA